AUGUGUGGAAUAUUCGGAAUUGUUGCGGCUGGAAAAUGUGACAAUCUGAAUAUUCUUGCUGCUAAUGGGCUUGCCUCUCUCCAACACAGAGGUACAGAAUCAUCUGGAUUGGUUGGAUCCGACGGAGUUACUAGAGACCAUGUAGAAAUCAUAAAAGGACACGGACUCGUUCGAGAUGUCAUCACUGAAGACAAUAUUUCGAAAAUGGAUGGCCAGUCUAUUAUAAUUGGACAUAACAGAUACUCGACAGCAGGAAAAAAGAAAUCAGGCAUCAAUUGUGUUCAACCAUUUGUAGUUUAUACUGCAAUGGGGACAGUUGCAAUUGCUCAUAACGGAGAGUUAGUCGAUGCGAAACAAAAAAGAACAGAAGUUCUUCAUGAAGGCGUUGGACUAUCAACGGACACUGAUUCUGAACUCAUUGCUCAAAUGAUUGCUAAGGCGAUUGCUUUGAAUGUUAAGUGCAAAUAUGGACAGGAUAUUGGAGAUAUUACUCGGGAAUUGGCUGUUACGAUGUCCGCUUUGAACAUGUCUUAUUCCCUUCUUGUUAUGACAUUUGAUAGGCUUUAUGCAAUUCGUGACCCUUUUGGAAAUCGUCCGCUCUGUGUUGGUACUGUAAUUUCAAAAGACGGAAGCCCACAAGCCUACAUCGCAUCUUCUGAAUCUUGUGCAUUACCUGCAAAUGCUAAACUUGAUUUUGAAGUGAGACCUGGUGAAAUAGUGGAACUGUCCGCUGAUGGAAUUAAGUCUGUAUGGCAGAUGAAGCCAAAUACACCUCUGGCAAUGUGCAUUUUUGAAUAUGUAUACUUUGCACGGAAUGAUUCCGAAAUAGAAGGACAACAAGUUCAAACUGUUCGAGAAGAAUGUGGCAAAACCAUGGCACUAGAGGAUGAUAUAGAAGCAGACAUCGUUGGAAAUGUUCCAGAUUCUUCUUUGAGUGCUGCGAUUGGAUAUGCAUCGCAGUCAGGUAUCACCUAUGAACCAGUUUUGCAUCGGAAUUCCUACGUUGGUAGAUCAUUUAUCCAACCAAACGAUGAGAUGAGACAAAAUGCUAUAAAAAUUAAAUUCGGUGUGUUGAAGAAGAAGGUUCAGAAUCAGAGAAUCGUUUUGGUGGAUGACUCGAUUGUACGUGGAAACACUAUGAGAACAUUGGUGAAGAUGUUGAGAGAUGCUGGAGCGAAAGAGGUACACCUAAGAAUCGCUUCGCCUCCUGUCAAAUUUCCUUGUUUUAUGGGAAUCAAUAUUCCGACAAGUCAAGAAUUGAUAGCUGCUCAAAAAAGCAUUCCUGAAAUUUGCGAAUACGUUGGAGCUGAUUCUGUUCGGUACCUUUCUGUCGACGGUUUGGUUUCGUCGGUGCAGAAAGGAAUAGAACGAACUACAAACUUCUCGCCGGGACACUGCACAGCGUGUCUGACUGGAAAAUACCCAGUUCCUAUUAAUAUCUGA